AUGAAGAUGGAUAUGACAAACUAUUCAGCGUCGCCUCAGACGUUGGAUUUGGUCUCACAGCAAGACUCGGGCUCAAGGAGUCCGAAACACCUGGUCAGCUCCACCCGCACGGGUCGAGUCUCGAAGAAGCUCGACUCCACUACUGCCCUUGCAUGUAACCACUGCAGAUUGAAGAAGGUCAAGUGCGUGGUCGAGGUCGAGGGCUGCAGGAAGUGCAAAAGACUCAAUAUCCCCUGCAUUUGGCCUAGCGAAGACAAACGAAAAUGUCCUUCAUCCAAGAAUCACAUCCGGGAGCUUUAUCAGCGGAUUGCUGAUCUCGAAGCUGCUCUUGAGUCUGCGAAGUCGACGCAAAGCUUCACCACGCCGAGCCGCCAUCAAGUGUCCAGUCCACAAUCUCCGUCAACUUACCCAGCUCUCUCAGUGCAAGUCCCGUCCCAAGAAGAAGACAACCUGAUCUCACGCCUCUGCGGCCGCCAAUGGAAGCUCAACAGCGACGAAGAGGGCCAAUACAAAUUCUUCGGUCCGACUUCGAGCCUACAUCUUACCGAAAGCGUGUCCUCGUCGCUGCUCGGCCCAUGGAGUCACAGGGGCGUGACCGCCGACGUCAGUUCCGACGACCCAAUCGACCCAGAGACCCAGACACACUUGCUGGAGAGCUACUGGAAGUACCAGCACACGGUCCUGCAGGUCUUCAAUCGGGAAGAGUUCCUCGAGGGCCUGAAGACGAGAAGACAGACGACGUAUUUCAGCAAAGCACUCUUGUACUGCGUCUAUGCUUGCGCGGCACGAAUAUCCGACCGCCCGUCGGUGCGAGCGAUGGUGAUACCCUCCAACGACGACAUGGAGGACAAGGAACCUUUUCUCGUGGCCACCGCGACCAGACUCGUUGACCAGGAGCUCAAAAGACCACAACUUACAACUAUCCAAGCUCUGCUGCUGCUGUCUGUCGUUCACUGUUCCUUGAGCAAGGAUACCAAAGGCUGGCUCUUAACUGGGGAUGCGUGUCGAUUAGCUAUCGAUCUGGGCCUUCACAGAACCGGAGAACAGCUCGCAUCCACCAAUUUAUCCCCGAGAGAUAUGAAAGUACGGCAAAUCACCUACUGGGGUUGUCUGGUCUUUGACAGACUUUGGGCUCUCUACCUUGGUCGCCCAUCUUGUCUCAAAUGCGAGGAUACCGAAAUCCGAAACAGCUUUCUGACCCAACAGGACGCUUCAUGGGAGAAACGGAUUGCUUUCUCCUGGGUCACUCUUCUCCUGGCGACCGGCCGGAUAUGUGAUGCCUUGAACGAAGAGCAGUGUGACACGGAGACGCUCCAUGCUCUUGAUGAACAGCUUCAAGACUGGUACCAAAACCUCGACCCGGAGCUGCAGUAUUGCAGGGAAGCCCACGCGUCGAUACUUGUGCUUCACAUGCAAUACUAUUCCUGCAAAAUCCACCUACACCGCCCAACCGCAAACUUUGGCGUCAGGACGUCCGACACCUUGGCCCAGUGCAACAUCUCCCGCCAAAUCUGCAUCGACAACGCCAAAAACAUUGCCCGCACCCUCCAGGACUAUCGGAACGUGUACGGCGACGCCUUCACCCUGAGCGGCGUCGCGUUGCACGUCAUCGCCACCGCGUCCACGAUAUUGAUUGCCGACAUUGCCGAAAGGCGCUCGGCGGACGCGGCGAGUCAAUUCUCCGCCCUCAAGACGUGCGUGCGCACGCUCAGCGAGCUGGAGAAGACCUACAUCGUGGCGCGCCGGGUGCGCCGCAUCGUCCAGCUCGUGAUGAGACUGUGCCAUUUCGAGAGCGAGUACGUGGAUUUCCAACACCAAGCCAACGAGGUCGCCGCCAGGAACCCGGCAAACUUGUUCCACGACGUGGUCCACGAGGCGGGAGCGGAUGGGACCUCUUUUCAGCCCUCCAACGAUCAUACGGGUCUGCCCAGCUUGUCGGCGUAUAGUCCGCUAUGCAUCGAUGACUUUCUCCCGAUAUCCUCGCAGUUUGACAUUAUGUACAGUCUAGAGUCUCUGUAG